GAAGAAGAAGAAGAAAUCAUCAUAAUUGUCACCGUCAUCAUCUUCAUCAUCAUCAUCAUCUCUCUUUCUCUUAAGAGCAAGACACAUUCCAACACUGUGUAAACUUUCGACACGCUCUUCAAGUAUAUUCUUCUCUUCUAGCUUGAUUCUCUGAGAUUUAUUCAGAUAGAAGGAUGAUGAUUCAACAAAACACUAAUUAUAAAAGUAUAGGAAGAGGAAGUUAUUAUCCGUGUUCUUGUAAUUGAGAAAAAUACGGAGAUUUCAAAUCUUAUAAAGAACACGAAGAACGUCGUUAGAUUGAGAGAAAAGAAGGAAGAAAAAGAAAAAGGAACACUAUAAUUUUUCUACAGUUUGAAGGAAAAACGUUCAUUAUAAGGAAGAAGCAAAAGAAGAAAAAGAAGAAAAAGAAGAAAAAGAAGAAGAUGAUGAUGAAUAUGAAUCGACCGAUCAGAUUAUUUUUUCUUAUGAAACAAUGUCAGCGAUCGGUUGUACCAUCAUUAAUGAUUGGAAAUCUUUGACGAUAUAGUACUAUUUUUUUUAUGGUGAUAAUCGUUAAUAUUAAUACGACAAAUGUGUCAGAGUAUAUUAAAACUCGCGGAAAUGUCGCGUAUUUCUAAUCGUGCUGUUAGCACGAUAGCCGCAUCUAUCGGUAUAUUAUUAUUGGUGAUCUUCUUGGUGAUACUAUGGACAGGUGGUGUUGGUUCAUGGAACCAUACUAAAGUUAUCCACGAGGAAGAUACCACCAGGAAGGAUUUGGUACAAGGAAUAAAAAAUUCGAGCUUACAAUCGAUUAGUGUAUUCCAUUUGAUCGAAGAAGAUCAUACCGAGUUUAAUAUGACGAUACUCGACAGGACAACUGUUUCCUUCAUCAACGAAGAGUCGACCAAAGACAGAUUAAAAGGAAAAAAAUAUAACGAUACUACGCCAGAUGUUUUACCUUCUGCCAAGGGAGAUUUAGAAUACAUUGUACCAAUGAAAAUUAGCCAAAAUCAAUACGAAGAUCCACCCGAUCCAUCUACAACAUCAACAAGACAUCACAGUGGACAUUUUCGACAUUCUACUGCUAGAGUAUGGGAUCCACAUCCGCAAUACGAAUUUACAGCUUUUGGAAAAUUCUUUCGUUUGAGGCUAGCUCACGAUUCGAGUUUUAUAUCACCUGAUAUAAAGGUAACACAUAUAAGUGCAAACACAAGUAGAAAAGUGCAUCCUGGUCAUCAAUUGGAUUGUUUCUAUAGUGGAUAUAUCGAUGGAGAUCCUGAUUCUAUAGUAACUGUUAAUCUUUGUCAUGGAAUGACGGGUCAUAUGAGAACUUCGAGCGGAAGUUAUUUCAUUAAACCUACUGAGCAUUGGCGUGAAAACGAGAAAGACUCAAUGAUGGCAUCCUCUUUGCAACAUGCUAUCUACCGGGUGCCUCCUGUCACCGAGUCAACAUCGUCCAACGACAUUGACGAGGAUCCCCCUAUUGGUGUUCGUAACUGUGCUGUCAUUGAUUACAAUACAGAUGAGAUAGCAGCACCAGUUUUAUUAAGGGACGACAAUUCGGGAGAAAAAAUUUACGUUGGUGAUCGUACACGAGAACGUAGAUCGUUAACGGUGAAAACGUCGAUGGAUCGUUUUAAAGAGGAUUACGAUGAUGAUGGUGGUGGUGGUGUUAGUAGGAGUAGGAAGAUCAGGAGAGAGGAAAAUUACGCGGAAGAGGAAUUCACGCAAUUCGUCGGUCACAGGGAACAUCGUAAUUCUCUUCGGGACAGCCGGUAUUACUCUGUUGAGCGCAGACGAAAUUAUCCUAAGGAGGGAUAUCUCCAGGACUCGGAAAUGGAAUCUGAUCCUUUCGUGGCUUGGAGACCGCAACGUGCAUUACCGCGAGAAUAUUUUAUCGAGAUUAUGGUAGUAGCGGAUGAGAAGAUGGCAGAGUAUCACGGGGAGAAUCUGGAUAGUUACAUUUUAGUAUUGAUGAGCACGGUUUCCCGAAUUUACAAGGACCGAUCAAUUGGAAAUCCUGUUAGCAUAUUCGUAACAAAAAUUGUACACGCUGACAAAGUGUUUGGAAAAAGUUAUGACGAUAACUACGAGGUAACUGCUAUUGACAUGUUGAAUCAAUUUUGUCGUUGGCAAAAAAUUAACAAUCCUGAUGAACCAUCACCAGAACAUCACGAUGUGGCAUUACUUCUUACCAGACAUAACCUGUGCCUUAAUCCUGGAGGAAUACGUUGCGAUACACUUGGUCUUGCUGAAUUAGGCAAAAUGUGUUCCCCAGAUGCGUCCUGUGCAAUAGUACAAGACAAUGGUUUGGCUGCAGCAUUUACCAUAGCUCACGAAAUCGGUCAUGUUUUAAACAUGCCGCACGAUGACGAUUCCAAAUGCGACGAAUUUCGUAAUCAUUCGAGAGUACACAAAGUCAUGUUCAGGAUGUUAGACGAUGAAACCUUUCCUUGGGAAUGGUCUAGAUGUUCACGUCAUUAUGUUACAGAAUUUCUCGAAACGGAUCGUGCCAACUGUCUAUUGGAUGAACCAAGCAAGAGUAUACAAAAACCAGACGCAGCACGACUACCUGGAAUUGAUUAUUCCCAAAACAAACAAUGCGAAUUAGUAUUCGGUCUAGGAUCGAAGAUUUGCCAUGACAUGGUGAGUAAUGUGUGCAGGACACUAUGGUGUACCGUUCCAAUGUGGGACGACCUGUGUCACACAGAACACACACCCUGGGCAGAUGGUACCAGCUGUGGCAGAGGAAAAUGGUGUCAACGUGGUGAAUGCGUAUCUAAAAUCGAUUUAAAUCCUAUCGACGGAGAAUGGGGUCCAUGGGGUCCUUUCGGGGAAUGUUCGCGCACCUGUAGCGGUGGAAUUAAGAAAAGAUAUCGAGAAUGUGAUAAUCCACCACCGCAAAAUGGUGGAAAUUAUUGCGUAGGUGAACAAGUCAAUUACGAAAGUUGUGCUACUAACGAAUGUCCACCUGGUAGUCCAGAUUUUAGGGAACAACAGUGUCAGGAAUACAACAACAACAAUCUUAACAUACCUAAUCUAACGAGGGAUGUAAUUUGGCACGCAAAAUACGCUCGGAUACAACCGGAAGAUCGUUGCAAAUUGUACUGUCAAGUAGAAAGCAAUCAGUAUUACAUGCUUCGCGAUAAAGUGAUCGACGGUACGCCCUGCGGACCGGACACGUUUCAUCUCUGCGUGAACGGUCGUUGCAAACCCGCAGGAUGCGAUAACAUUUUAGAUUCGACAGCAGAACUCGACACAUGUGGGGUAUGCCGUGGUGACAAUUCAACAUGUCAGAGAAUAAAUGGUUCAUACAAUAAAACCGCAUACGGAUAUAACAGAGUUACCAAAAUACCUGCUGGAAGUAGCAACAUCGACAUCAGACAACAUGGCUGGUUUAAAUCUCAUUAUGAUGAUAAUUACCUUGCUUUACGUCUUGGUGAACAUGGAAAAUAUAUACUAAAUGGAAAUUUCGUUAUCAUGCAUAAAAAAGUUGUAGUAUUUCCUGGUGUUACGAUUGAAUACAGUGGACCUAAAUCCAUCGUCGAAAGAUUAAAUAGUUCACGACCUAUUAGUACGGAUUUGAUUUUAGAAGUAUUAUCAGUUGAAAUGUUACAUCCGCCGCAGAUUACGUAUGAAUAUACCGUACCGAAAAAAAUAUUAAAAAGUUACAAAUGGGUAUUGCGAGAAUGGUCAGAAUGUAGUCGUGUGUGUCAAGGUACAAAAUAUCGUAAAGCUGAAUGUAGAAGUACCGAAAACGAGGAAGUCGUAAAUGACGAUUAUUGUCGUGCUGUUGAUAAUAGAAUAAAACCAAGAGAAGAAAGUCAAAUGUGUAAUAAUCAUUGUAUAUUACAAUGGCAAAUAACAUCAGAAUCUGAAUGUUCGAGUCAUUGUGGUCCAGGGACUCGCAUAAUUACAAGUAGAUGCGAACAAAUUUACUUAUAUAACAGUAACUUAGUACAUUCGUUACCCGACCAUUUGUGUUCUCAUUUGAAAAGACCUAAUGAAUUGGAACCAUGCGAAGGUCCGUGUAAUGAUGUUCAUUGGAAAUAUAGCGAAUGGGGUGCGUGCAGUGUAACGUGUGGAGGUGGUAUUCAAUAUAGAAUGGCAACGUGUGUUGAUUCGAAUGAUAGACAAGUAUUAAAUGAAACUUGUGCUGGUCAAAAAAAGAGAUUGAAAAAUAUCUGCGGUCAAGGAGCUUGUCCCAAGUUGAUAUUCGGUGAAUGGAGCAAAUGUUCGGUCAGCUGUGGCAUUGGAGAACGUCAUAGACUUUAUUGGUGUCACGUAGAAAAUCGUGUUGUUCAGGAUAGCGAUUGCAAUGGCACAUUACAACAAUUUUCAAUUAAAGAAAUUUGCGAUGCUGGGCCUUGUUACUCUUGGCAAGUUGCCGGUUGGAAUCCGUGUUCAGUAACAUGUGGAGAAGGAGUGAAAACGAGAAAAGUUAUUUGUAAAGGUACGGAUGGUUCAAUCGCUGACAAAUGUUUACCAUCGAAUAAACCAGACAAUUGGACUUCAUGCGAAUUACAACCAUGUAUUACAGGGACAAAUCAAAUAAUAUAUUCUAAUAUACCACAUGAAGAAUCCUAUCCUCAGGAUAACGAAAUAGAUAGCAAUGGUAUUAGUUUCCAUCCAGUUAACAAAUGGAUCACUGGAUCAUUUGGAAAGUGUUCGCAACCAUGUAACGGUGGAUUCAAGACAAGAACAGUCAAAUGUAUAUCAAUGGAAACAAACAUGUACGUUAAUGAAAAUCUAUGCAAUCCCGAUGAUAAACCAAACAAUACGAUACCCUGCAAUGAUCAUUUAUGCCCGAUUUGGAAUACUGGAGAUUGGAGUGAGUGUAGCGUUAAAUGUGGUAAUGGAAUUCAACGUCGACAAGUACGAUGUCAAAGUCCACGAGGUGGAGUUUUAAACGAUAAAGAAUGUUCAAGUGUUAGGAGACCUAAACCUAAAGAUACCAAAAAAUGUCAUCAAUCUUGUCGAACUACUAACAAUCAAGGAAAUCAGAAUAAUCAUCAUCCAAAAGUUAUCAUUCGUAGAUGGAAAAAAUCUGGUUGGUCUGCUUGUUCGAAAACGUGCGGCGGUGGAAUAAGAACACGAAGAAUAGAAUGCAUGAGGAGCAUAGGAAAGAAUGGAUUGGAAAAACCAGUGAACGAAGAAGAAUGUACUAAAUUGGCUGGCCUAAAAAAACCAAAAACUGAGAGGCAAUGUCAACGUAAACCAUGUAAUUAUGGUUACAUUUGGCAAGAAGGACCUUGGUCGGAGUGUUCGGCAGAAUGUGGGGAUGGAAUUAAACGACGUAACGUAACAUGCCAUAAAGUUAAUCGUUACGGUUGGACUGAUCCAGAAAUUACUAAAGGUUGUUCGAUGAAUAAAAGACUUCAUACGAAAGAAACAUGUAAAUUGCGUGAAUGUAAUGAUACAUAUAUUUGGAAAACUAGCGAUUGGAAUAAUUGCACUCAAUCGUGUGGUUUUAAAGGUAAACAAACACGUAAAGUUUUUUGCGUCGACAGAAAUGGUAAACUGGCAUCAAGUUGUCCAUCAAGUUUAAAACCUAAAAAUAAACGCAAUUGUAAUCAACGAAGAUGUCUACCUUUAACUUGUGUCGAAGCAAAGAAACAUUUCUCAACUACCAAGGAUGGAGAAUAUUCUUUAUUUAUCGGAGGAAAAUCAAUGUCUAUUUAUUGUUACGAAAUGUCGACAUUCAAACCACGAGAAUAUUUAACAUUACCGGCUGGUGAUCAAGAUAAUUAUGCUGAAAUAUAUGACAAAAGGUUACGAUAUUCAGAAACAUGUCCUUACAAUGGAGAAAGGAACGAUAGUUGUGAAUGUUUCACUUAUGGAAGAACAAUAUCAGGUAUAACGAUGUUCAAAAGAGUUCGUUUGGAUCCUAUCAGAUUAUAUAUUAUAGCUGACGAUUAUACAUUUUCUCGAACUAAAGGAUUAAAUCGAGUAGAAUUUGGUAAAGCCGGGGAUUGUUAUAGUACUCGUUAUUGUCCUCAAGGUCGUUUCAGCAUUAAUUUGAGUGGUACACAUUUAAGCUUGGCACGAGAAGUUACUUGGACUAAUUUAACGUCUAGUACUGUUCUCUCGAUCAAUAAAAUAAAUGAUCAACAAGUUAUUGGUAAAUGUGGCGGUGAUUGCGGAUUUUGUAUACCGAAGACAGGUCUGAAACUGGAUGUUUUACCACCUUAACAGGCAAAAUAACACUUCGUUUGAUUAUUCAGUUUCCAGAAAAAAACUGGAGGAAUUUGAAAAAGUCUUCCACAUACAGAGAAAUGUCUCUAAAAGGAAAAUUAAUUAGGGCAUGUCAUUGGACACCACCAAGAGUUGCCUAAAAUAAUUGCCUAAAAUUACUUCUUAUCGCCAUAUUUAAUUUUUUUUCUUUGCAAAUACGCUUUAAGGAAAAUUCAGCGAGAAAAAAAAUUGGUGAAAGAAGAACAAUAACGAUGAGACUUUUUUUUAUACAUCGCGAAAAAAAAAUACAUAUAUAUAUAACAAAAAAAAGAAGAAGAAGGAUAGAACGAAUCAUUUUUUUAGAGUUAUAUCUAUUGUUUUGCCAAAGAACGUGAGAGAACAAAAAUGAAUAACGACGUUACAUACUGUAUAAGUAUACAUUGUCGUUAAUAUAGGAAUCAUUAGAAUUAUAUAUAAGGUCGCAUUUAUACCUUUUGAAGCCCUUAGGUGCUGCUACAAUCGAAAUGAAACCUCAUUUUAAUAAAAUACAACCCACAGGUAUACGUAUAUAUUUCCAAUAUGAAAAAUUAACAAAAAAUUAAAUAAA